AUGGCUUCAACGCUUCAUCUCCGCCACAUUCCCUCCUCCAGCUUCAUCCGCGCCACGCCCACCAGCACAUUUCGCCGAUCCUUCCACCAGACAAUUCCGCGUCUCCAACCCGCCGUCAAGCUUGAAGGAGAUAAAAAGCCCGAGAAAAGCAAAGAGGAGCAAGCAAACCAUGCUCCGCAGCCCAAAAUCUCCAAUCUGAGCAUGCCGGGUGUCAAUAAGUCAAAGGAGCUCACAAAAGAGCAAAAGGAGGAAGUGCGGCAACACAAUAAAGAGUUCGAAAAGAAAUUUGAUCACGGCCAAACAGCACCAGACGACAAGGUGGACAAGAAGUUUUGGGAAGGUGGCGAAGGCGGUCAUAAGCCUUGA